AUGUCAUCAUCUUCGUUAGCUACCGAGGAUGAAAACAGCGUCGUUUCAUCAGCCAACAUCCUCGCGUAUAAGGUUGAGGCUGAUUCUUCGCCAGUGGUGAAGAAUCAGGUGGUAGGGUGGCCUCCGGUGUGUUCUUAUAGGAGAAAGAAGAAGAAUGAGGAAUGUUCUGGAAUAUUCUGUAGGAUUGUACGUAUAAAAUGUGUAGGAUUGGUGUUGAAGAACGGCGAGAAGUGCGAGUACGCUAUUAUAUACGAGGACAAGGAUGGAGAUUGGAUGCUCGUUGGAGAUGUACCUUGGCAGAUGUUCAAAGACUCAUGCAAGAGACUGAGGAUUGUGAAGAGAUCAUAUGCAGCCGGUUUUGGUCUACAGUGA